AUGCUACGCAGUGGACUUUCGAACGGUCAGACUGGUCCGUAUCCAAUGGACCCCGCAUUUUGUUACAAGAGCUUCCCUGCUUUAAAAAGCGACAAACAAUUCCCAUGGCCACGAACCCAACCUUAUCAGUUGAGUGCAGAUCACGCUAUUGACUGGUCGUCCGCAAAGAAGAGUUCAACAAAGAUUCCUGAGUACAUGUCAAACACUUUCUUUCAGCCAGCCCUACACCAAGACGGCAGGAAAUUUGAAGAGCACAACAUGAGCUACUUCUCUAGUAUGCCUCCAACGCGACCAAAGUCUAGAAGAUUCUCAAUGACCUACGUCGCGUUAAUAGCUAGAGCAAUCCUUCAAUUUCCUGAAAAGAGACUGACCCUCUCGCAAAUUUAUCAUGUCAUCGAGAAAACCUUUCCAGAGUUCACCGUUUCCAGAGUUGGUUGGAAAAACACCGUUCGCCACAACUUGUCUCUUCACGAUUGCUUCGUCAAAGGAGAAGUAUCGGCAAACGGAAAGAGCUGCUACUGGCAUAUACAUCCAGCCUACAUCACAAGAUUCAGCAAAGGAGAUUUCCGCAAACGCCCUUCCAGGGAACACAGUGUGUCGGACGAACGUAAAGCUAUUCCACGAGUCCGCAUCGACAGACCCUACACAUUGCCCUACGCGUUUGGAGGAGCUGAUUCCCGAUUUGAGUUUCCAUACGCUGGUGAGAGCCAUUCUGUUUCUCAAGUGCUUCAACCCGCUUUCUAUUCAAAUUCUGCUUCAGUUCCUCGCGUGACCACUACAGCUCAUCCCUCCACAGAAUGGCUUCGAGAGUACAAACCAUAUCCCUACUACUAUCUGUUCUCGCCAAAAAGCGUCCCGUUGGAUUCCCAGCAAAGGGAAAAGAGCCCAGUCUCUUCUAAAUAG